CGGCCGGCUCCCCUCCCCCGGCCGCUGGCUCGCUCAGCUCGCAACGCUGCAGAGGCUCUGAGGCGGCAGCGGCGGCGCGGCGACUCCCUCUUUCCCUCCCUCCUUCUCCGUCCGUCCGUCCGUCCGUGCGUCUGUCCGUUCGGCUUCGGUCCGGCCCGCAGCAUGGCCGGCGUCAGCUUCAGCGGCCACCGCCUGGAGCUGCUGGCGGCUUACGAGGAGGUGAUUCGGGAGGAGAGCUCGGCCGACUGGGCUCUGUACACAUAUGAGGAUGGCUCAGAUGACCUCAAGCUUGCAGCAUCAGGAGAUGGGGGCUUGCAGGAGCUCUCGGGCCACUUCGAGAACCAGAAGGUGAUGUAUGGCUUCUGCAGCGUCAAGGACUCCCAGGCUGCUCUGCCGAAAUAUGUGCUCAUCAACUGGGUUGGUGAAGACGUGCCCGAUGCCCGCAAAUGCGCUUGUGCCAGCCACGUGGCGAAGGUGGCCGAGUUCUUCCAGGGUGUGGACGUGAUCGUGAACGCCAGCAGUGUGGAAGACAUAGAUGCGGGCGCCAUUGGGCAGCGUCUCUCCAACGGGCUGGCUCGGCUCUCCAGCCCCGUGCUCCACCGACUGCGGCUACGCGAGGAUGAGAACGCUGAGCCAGUGGGCACCACCUAUCAGAAGACGGACGCAGCUGUGGAGAUGAAGCGGAUUAACCGGGAGCAGUUCUGGGAGCAGGCCAAGAAGGAGGAAGAGCUGAGGAAGGAGGAGGAGCGGAAGAAGGCCCUGGAUGAGAGGCUCAGGUUCGAGCAAGAGCGGAUGGAGCAGGAGCGGCAGGAACAGGAGGAGCGGGAGCGGCGUUACCGGGAGCGUGAGCAGCAGAUUGAAGAGCACAGGAGGAAACAGCAGACUUUAGAAGCAGAGGAGGCCAAGAGGCGGUUGCAGGAGCAGUCUAUCUUUGGUGACCAGCGGGAUGAGGAGGAAGAGACCCAGAUGAAGAAGUCAGAAUCGGAGGUAGAGGAGGCAGCGGCCAUUAUUGCCCAGCGACCUGAUAACCCACGGGAGUUCUUCAAGCAGCAGGAAAGAGUCGCAUCGGCCUCUGCAGGCAGCUGUGAUGUGCCCUCACCCUUCAACCACCGACCAGGUCGUCCGUACUGCCCUUUCAUAAAGGCAUCGGACAGUGGGCCUUCCUCCUCCUCCUCUUCCUCCUCCUCCCCUCCACGGACUCCCUUUCCCUAUAUCACCUGUCACCGCACCCCAAACCUCUCUUCCUCCCUCCCAUGCAGCCACCUGGACAGUCACCGGAGGAUGGCGCCCACCCCCAUCCCUGCCCGGAGCCCAUCUGACUCCAGCACGGCCUCUACCCCUGUCGCUGAGCAGAUCGAGCGGGCCCUGGAUGAGGUCACAUCUUCGCAGCCUCCACCACUGCCACCCCCACCCCCACCAGCCCAAGAGACCCAGGAGCCCAGCCCUGGCCUGGAUAGUGAAGAGACGAGCAAGGAAGCCAGAGAAGCAGCCCCUCAGGCCUGGGCUGGCCCUGUGGAGGAGCCCCCUCAGGCACCGGAGCCUCCUCAGGGCCAAGGCAGCCCCCCGGAGGACUUGAUGUUCAUGGUGUCUACAGAGCAGGCCGUCCUGGCCGCCCCUCUAGAGCCUGCCAUGGCUGGAGCCUCUGCAGCUGACACCCUGGUAGCUGAUGCCAUUGAAGCCGACACUGCCGCUGCUGACACCGCUGUUGCCAACACUGUCAGCCCUGCAGCUGCCAGCCUCAUUGACCUAUGGCCUGGCAAUGGGGAGGAGGCCUCUGCACCCCAGGCUGAGCCUAGGGCCCCCACACCACCCUCGGGUGCUGAGGUCCCUCUGGCAGAGGUGCCCCUGCUGGACGAGGUGGCUCAGGAGCCACUGCCACCAGCAGGUGAAGGCAGUGCUAAUCUUCUUAAUUUUGAUGAGCUUCCUGAGCCGCCCGCUACCUUCUGUGACCAAGAGGAGGAAGUAGAAGGGGUGUCGCUGGCUGUCCCUCAGGCUCCAACUCUGCCCUCAGCUCUAGAGGAGCUGGAUCUAGAGCCGGAUCGGGAGCCAGAGCCGGAGCCGGAGCCGGAGCUGGAGCUGGAGCCAGAGCCAGAGCCCCACCUGCUGACCAAUGGCGAGACCACCCAGAAGGAGGGGACCCAGGCCAGUGAGGGGUACUUCAGCCAAUCACAGGAGGAGGAGUUUGCCCAAUCGGAAGAGCUGUGUGCAAAGGCCCCACCUGUGUUCUACAACAAGCCUCCAGAAAUCGACAUCACUUGCUGGGAUGCAGACCCAGUACCAGAAGAGGAGGAGGGCUUCGAGGGUGGCGACUAGCGGUGGUGCCCGUCCUCAGGCUGCCCUCGCCAAGGCCUCACACCUGCGCUGGCCUCUGGCCAGACGGCCCGCAGUGCCUGCACUUGCAGCAGCUCCGCCUGGCACCCUCUGGACUCCGGCCCUGGCCGGGGACUUGGCCGCUUCCCUACCCACAGGGCCCAACUUUUACAGCUUUUCUUUUUUUUUUUAAAGUUGAUAGGAGACUUGUACAGUUGACCGGUUUUCCUCCCGUUGGUAGUUGAGACGCUGUUGCAAAUUCCAUCCCCUUCCUGCCCGGUCCAGAUUGUAGAUCUUAGUCCUCCCUGGUCACUCAGCUGGCCGGGGUGGAGGCCUCACCCUGCUUUGGGGCCUGUGUGGGGGGAUGCUCUGGUGGGAAAAUGUUCCCCCCACCUCUUUUCCUAGUUUUCUGUUUCUUGGAAAAAUAUCACUUUGUAUUCUCUGUCCAGGGCUUCAGAUAUUUUGCACGAAUUUUAAAACAUGGCAAUAAACGGCUCGUGGGCUCUGGUUCCCUGGGACCCCCCCUCCCCACCCUUCUCUUGACCUCCCCACCUGGCCUGAAGGAAGUAGCAGGCCCAGCUGGGGCCCCUCAGCUUCCUGGCCCUUUCCUGCCCCCUCCUGCUGGGCAGGUCCCAAGCUGGAGGCCCUAGGCGUGAUUCAGGUCAGGGCUAUGGGUGGUCCCUCUUCACCUCCUCCCUCUUUGCUUGGGUUCCUUUUUCACGUUCAGUAACUGUUUUUUGGAAAGCACAAACUUCUGUAACAGGUCGUGCUCAUGUCUGUUAAUAAAGAAAUCCAGAUCCCUU